UUUAACCAGGGUAGUCACACUGAGAUUGACAUCUCUUUUGCAAGUGAACCCUGAAGCUUAGAUGUCUUUGGACAUCCAUCCUGAAAGGCCAGUCAGUAUGUGUGCUUUAGAGACAGAAACAAUAUCACUUCACAACAAAUAAAUGAAUCUGCCUUUAACACCUCCUUCCUGUUUCCAUGGAGACCAAAUGGCCAAUCAUCUGUCACUGCUCUGGGCUGUACCACAGCUUGUAGAGGAGAGGGGGGUGAGUGGCAGCCCGGUGCAUUAUGAGUAGAAUGGCAGGUGUGGAAUGGUGUGGGGUGUCCUGAGGCAGGGCUGUGAGGACAGGGCUGUUGCGAGGCUCAUGCGCCGCUGGAUUCGGGCUCUCAAACCCCGCUGGCGUUGGCUUGCGUGUCUGAUGCUGAUUACAUCACAGGCAGCUGACUGUGCUGUACCACUGAGCGAAAGUGUGAAUGAGCAGGACAUGCAUGUGAGCGUGUGUGUAUGCGCGCGUGCGUGAGCGUGUGUGUAUGCGCGUGUGUGUGAGCGCGUGCUCUGCAGUACCCUGACGUCUCUGCAGUCUCUUCCCUUCUCAGUCCUGACCCAGGCUCAGCAGGGCUAUGGACCGUAGGCUGGGCCAUAUGGAGGAGGGCGCUGAUCUCAGCUGUGAGAUGGGCGUGUCUCUUGGUGCUUCCGGGUUCGAUCAUGGUCCAGCAAGUCAUGUGCCUGCCCUUGGCUCCGCCCCCAGCAUGGACUGCUUGGAGGCGUUACCUGGGCAACAGCGGCCCAGGCGACCCAAGCUGCAGCACUCGCAGUCUAUCCUGCGCAAACAGGCGGAGGAAGAAGCCAUCAAACGCUCUCACUCCCUGUCAGAGAGCUAUGAGCUCUCCACCGAACUACAAGACAAACAGGUGGAGAUGUUGGAGCGUAAAUAUGGAGGCCGUUUUGUUGCCCGAAAUGCGGCGUGUACCAUUCAGACCGCCUUCCGCCAAUAUCAGAUGAACAAGAACUUUGAGCGGCUGAGGAGCUGCAUGUCGGAGAGCCGCAUGCGGCGCAUUGUCCUGGCCAACAUGCGCAUGCACUUCACCGAGGGUCCCCAGGCCGCCGCGGGGGACAGGCACAGCAGCGCGGGGGGGGCAGACCUGCACGACCAGCUCACCCACAGCUUCACUGAGCUGGAGGACGUCUUCUCCAAGCAGGUGAAGUCAUUGGCCGAGUCUAUCGAUGACGCCCUGAGCUACCCAAUCCUGCAGAGGGAGGGGGUCAAAGGUGUCCUGGGGAGGGAGGCGGCCGGACAGGUGAAGCAGAGGGUCCCCUACAGCGAUGUGACCGUCUUCAUCGAUGAGGAGGACACACCUCCCCCCACCCACUCCGUAAGCCCCUCCCCUGACCUCUGGACUCCGAGCACCCCCCCGCUGGACCACCAUGCCCCCCCUCUGACCACCCGCUCAGUCGACCCCAGUGACCGAUCUCACCGAGGAUCAGUAAAGAGACAUACGUCCCACCGGCAGGGGGCCCCCAAACACAGGGUAGCCCCCCAAAGUUGGUGUGGGGAGGAAGAGCGCCCCCUGGAGCUGGUCCCACAGCGCGCCCUGCAGAGCCGCGCGGGCGACAGGCACAGCCGCUCCGAGUCCGACCUGUCGGACGGAGACGACAGCGUCCACAGCACGUCCAACUCCAACGACACGGCCAACUGCAGCUCCGAGUGCUCCUCGCGGGACCGAGAGAAGAUCCUGACCCAGCAGAGCUACCAGAAAGAGACACGCAACAGCUGCGACUCUCCUGCCUUCAGCAAUGACAUCAUCCGCAAGCGACACUACCGGAUUGGGCUAAAUCUCUUCAACAAGAAACCAGAAAAGGGAAUCCAGUACCUGACAGAAAGAGGGUUUAUUCCUGACACACCUGUGGGCGUGGCUCACUUCCUGCUUCAGCGGAAGGGUCUAAGUCGGCAGAUGAUUGGAGAGUUUCUGGGUAACCGACAAAAGCAAUUCAACAGGGAUGUUUUGGACUGUGUGGUGGAUCAGAUGGAUUUCUCUGUGAUGGAGCUGGAUGAGGCUUUGAGGAAGUUCCAGUCCCAGAUCAAGGUUCAGGGAGAAGCACAGAAAGUGGAGAGACUCAUAGAAGCUUUCAGCCAGCGCUAUUGCAUGUGUAACCCAGGAGUUGUUCGACAGUUCAGAAACCCCGACACUAUCUUCAUCCUGGCCUUCGCCAUCAUCCUCCUCAACACUGAUAUGUACAGCCCCAACGUCAAACCUGAGAGGAAGAUGAAGCAACAGGACUUCAUCAAGAACCUGCGGGGAGUGGACGAUGGGCAGGAUAUUCCAGCAGAGAUGCUCAGCGGUAUUUACCUGCGGAUUCGGUCUGAGGAGCUGAAGACAAACGAGGACCACGUGUCCCAGGUGCAAAAGGUGGAGAAACUGAUCGUGGGAAAGAAACCGAUUGGAUCUCUGCACCACGGUCUGGGAUGUGUCCUGUCCCAGCCCCACCGCAGGCUGGUGUGCUACUGCAGACUGUUUGAAGUUCCCGACCCCAACCGACCCCAGAGACUUGGCCUGCACCAGCGAGAGAUCUUCCUCUUCAACGACCUGCUGGUGGUGACAAAAAUUUUCCAGAAGAAAAAGAACUCAGUGACUUACAGUUUAAGACAGUCGUUCUCCCUGUAUGGCAUGCAGGUGGCACUGUUUGACAACCAGUAUUAUGCUCAUGGAAUCCGGCUGACAUCAGCCAUGCCAGGCGCAGACAUUAAAGUUCUCAUCAACUUCAAUGCCCCCAACCCUCAGGACCGCAAGAGGUUCACCAGCGACCUGCGGGAGUCCACUGCUGAAGUGCAGGAGAUGGAGAAGUAUAGAAUAGAAUCGGAGCUGGAAAAGCAGAAGGGUGUGGUCCGGCCCAGCAUAGCGCCGGGCGGCGGGAUAAGGAAGGAGGGCGGCAGCGGGAACCUGAGCCGCGGCAGUCUGGAUGACACCUACGCCAUGGGGGAGGGGCUAAAGAGGACCACGCUCAGUAGUUCUCUGCAGGAUCUCUCUGACACAGGUGGUCAUCAUUAGCGGACUGCAGAGACGUUCCCUUCUCUCACAAUCCCACCUGCUCAUGGAUACAAAAGCAGCAAACGCCUCAUCUUCUCCAUACCCCUCUGACCUUCUGCCCCCAACCUUACACCACCACAACACCCUACAACUAUCACCCCUCUCCCCCAACCCUACAGCUAACACCCCACAACCCUGCCCCACACCCUACAACUAACACCCCCCUCCCCCAACCCUACAACCAACACCCCCCUACCCCAUACCCUACAACCAACACCCCCAACCCUGUCCCACACCCUACAACCAACACCCCCCCAAACCUACCCCACACCCUACAACCAACACACCCCAACCCUGCCCCACACCCUACAA